ACAAAAAUUGCAUCGUCCAAAAAUGGCACGCCCUCAUGCGAUAUGCAUUCCUUUUCCGGCCCAGGGCCAUAUCAACCCAAUGCUGCAACUAGCCAAACUGCUUCACCACAAAGGCUUUCAUAUAACCUUCGUCAACACCCAGUUUAAUCACAACCGCCUUCUCAGGUCCAGAGGCUCCAAAGCCAUGGAAGGUCUUCCGUCCUUCAGAUUCGAGGCCAUCCCCGACGGCUUACCCGUCUCCAACCCCGACACCACCCAAGAGAUGGCCUCCCUUGCUGUGUCCUCUACUAACUACUGUUUGGACCCUUUUAGAGAGCUGGUUAAAAGGCUGAAUGACCCCUCAUCGGAAUCGCCUCCGGUUACCUGCAUUGUUUCCGAUGGUUCUAUGAGCUUCACCCACAAGGUGGCCCACCAACUGCGUAUUCCCAUUCUGCUCUUCUGGACUUGCAGCGCUUCUGGCUUGGAUGCAUACGCCCACUACCGUCAACUUGCUGAAAAGAAUUUGACCCCAAUCGACGGUUCAGAUUGCUUGGAUACAGAAAUAGAUUGGAUUCCGGGUUUGAAAGGUAUCAAAUUCAAAGAUUUACCAAGUUUCAUUAGGAACACUGGCCACCACGAUGACCCAAAUUAUAUCAUGUUCAACUUUAUAAUUCAAGAAGUUGAGAGGCUUCCCCAGGCAUCUGCUAUGAUUCUGAACACGUUUGACAUGCUAGAGACUGACGCCACAGAAGCACUCCGGUCUAAGUUUCCGGCGGUUUACACAGUUGGCCCUCUUCACCUUCUCUGCGAUCAGUUUCCGAUGGAGGGCGAAUUGAAAUCCAUUGGAUGCAAUCUGUGGAAGGAAGAUAAUGCUCAGUACAUGAAAUGGCUGGACACCAAAGAGGUGGGCUCAGUUGUGUAUGUGAACUUCGGAAGCAUAACAGUUAUGACCGCCAAGCAAGUAAUUGAAUUUGCUUGGGGGCUCGCGAAUAGCAAGUUCACAUUCUUGUGGAUAAUCAGGCCCGAUUUAGUCAACGGUGAAUCCGCCAUUUUGCCGGAAGAAUUUGUAACGGAGACCAAAGAAAGGAGCUUUUUGGCAGGUUGGUGCCCGCAAGAACAAGUGCUGAACCACCCUUCAAUCGGGUGUUUCUUGACACAUUGCGGUUGGAACUCGACUCUGGAGAGUAUUUCUGUGGGCGUGCCGAUGUUAUGUUGGCCGUUCUUUGCAGAGCAGCGGACUAAUUGCUGGAAUUCUUGCACGCGUUUGGGGGUUGGAAUGGAAAUUGAUUCCAAUGGGGAUAGGAAUGUGAUUGGGGAUAUGGUGCGAGAGAUGAUGGUCGGAGAAAAGGGGAAGGAGAUAAAGGAGAAGGCCCUGGAGUUGAAGAAAUUAGCUCAGGUGGCGGUUGCGGCAUCACCUGCCGGACAGUCUUACCUCAAUUUUGAGGAAGUGGUCAGCAAUGUGCUCAUGUCCCCACCAUCAAAAUAAUUUCUUUCAAAUCUGAUUUGAGAAAUCUGUGAUGAAGUAUAUGUUUCAAUUCGGUAUCAGAGCCAACC